AUGGGGAAAGGAUAUAAUAAUUAUAUGUGCAAGAAGUUUUUCCACCCAACAAACUUCGAAAACAUAAAGAGAAAGUGGAUGGCUGAACAGGCAAAUGAGUACGAUACGAAAAAGGAACUAGAGAAACUAAAUCAAUAUCGUCGGGAACAAGAAACACUUGAAAACCGUGUCCUUCUAGGUGAUGAAAAAGCUAGGCUAGGCUUAGCAUGGAUGUAUGACCAGCCUGCUUUAAUGGAAAAGGAGCAACCUGAUGACAAAGAGGUGAAGUUUGAAUGGCAAAGGAAAUAUUGUGCUCCAAGAGAAAGCUAUUGCAAAAACUCGUCAGAGAUAAUAGAUCAGCCCUUUGCCAUUGAAGUUCGAAACGUACGAUGUAUGCGGUGCAAACAAUGGGGGCACUUAAACACUGAUCGUGUUUGUCCACUUUUUGGUCAGUCUUUCACUAAGGAACCAACGACAAGCGAUAUGAUUGGUCUUGACCAAGUUAAGAAAAAUCUACAAAAAGAGGGGCUUACUUUGAAGCGAGGAACUGAUUUGGACCGUUUUACAUCUGUAUUUAGCAAAGCAAAGAGUGCGCUGGCCAGUGUCUCAAAGCAAACAUCUGAAGAAGAAGACUCUCUAGCCAUGGAAUUCCUCAAAAACCUCACCGAAAGACAACGUGAAAAGCUACUUAAAAAGCUUUCGAAGCUUUCAGACAAGUCCCCAAAGCAAAAUCACAAAUCGAAGCAUAGGCAUUCAAGGCGGCAUUGA